AUGCGCGACCGACAUCGCUUGAGCCGGGCCAUCCUGGACGUCCUAAGCCAGUGUUGCCCCAGCACGCUGAAAAUCCGCGCGCAUGUGUGGAAGAUUGAGAAGCAGUUGGGGGUUCUUGCGCUGGAUCAUGCUCCCCAUACCCCCUCCCACCUGGGAAAACAUUUGCGGCUGCAAAGGCGCACAUAUUGCCCUUGUCGAUCUGCCUCACGUGACCCCGCCCCAUUCUCCCUCCUUCCAUCACCCCGCCCCAUUCUCCCGCUUUCCAUCACCCCGCCUCAUUCUCCCGCUUUCCAUUACCCCGCCCCAUUCUCCUGCUUUCCAUCACCCCGCCCCAUUCUCCCGCUUUCCAUCACCCCGCCCCAUUCUCCCGCUUUCCAUCACCCCACCCCAUUCUCCCGCUUUCCAUCACCCCGCCCCAUUCUCCCACUUUCCAUCACCCGGCCCAAUUCUCCCUCCUUCCAUCACCCCGCCCCAUUCUCCCGCUUUCCAUCACCCGGCCCCAUUCUCCCUCCUUCCAUCACCCCGCCCCAUUCUCCCGCUUUCCAUCACCCCGCCCCAUUCUCCCUCCUUCCAUCACCCCGCCCCAUUCCACUCCUUCCAUCACCCCCCCCAUUCUCCCGCUUUCCAUCACCCUGCCCCAUUCUCCCUCCUUCCAUCACCCCGCCCCAUUCUCCCGCUUUCCAUCACCUGGCCCCAUUCUCCUUCCUUCCAUCACCCCGCCCCAUUCUCCCUCCUUCCAUCACCCCGCCCCAUUCCACUCCUUCCAUCACCCCACCCCAUUCUCCCGCUUUCCAUCACCCGCCCCAUUCUCCCGCUUUCCAUCACCCCACCCCGAUCUCCCGCUUUCCAUCACCCCGCCCCAUUCUCCCACUUUCUAUCACUCCGCCCCAUUCUCCCACUUUCCAUCACCCCGCCCCAUUCUCCCGCUUUCCAUCACCCUGCCCCAUUCUCCCACUUUCCAUCACCCCGCCCCAUUCUCCCGCUUUCCAUGACCCCGCCCCGUUCUCCCUCCUUCCAUCACCCUGCCCCAUUCUCCCGCUUUCCAUCAGCCCGCCCCAAACUCCCGCUUUCCAUCACCCCGCCCCAUUCUCCCACUUUCCAUCACCCUGCCGCAUUCUCCCGCUUUCCAUCACCCCGCCCCAUUCUCCCGCUUUCCAUCACCCCGCCCCAAACUCCCGCUUUCCAUCACCCCGCCCCAUUCUUCCGCUUUCCAUCACGCUGCCCCAAACUCCCGCUUUCCAUCACCCCGCCCCAUUCUCCCGCUUUCCAUCACCCCGCCCCAUUCUCCCGCUUUCCAUCACCCCGCCCCAUUCUCCCGCUUUCCAUCACCCCGCCCCAUUCUCCCGCUUUCCAUCACCCCGCCCCAUUCUCCCGCUUUCUACACCCCGCCCCAUUCUCCCUCUUUCCAUCACCCCGCCCCAUUCUCCCUCCUUCCAUCACCCCGCCCCAUUUUCCCUUCUUCCAUCACCCCGCCCCAUUCCCCCUCCUUCCAUCACACCGCCCCAUUCUCCCUACUUCCAUCACCCCGCCCCAUUCUCCCGCUUUCCAUCACCCCGCCCCAUUCUCCCGCUUUCCAUCACCCCGCCCCAAACUCCUGCUUUCCAUCACCCCGCCCCGUUCUCCCGCUUUCCAUCACCCCGCCCCAUUCUCCCGCUUUCCAUCACCCCGCCCCAUUCUCCCGCUUUCCAUCACCCCGCCCCAUUCUCGCGCUUUCCAUCACCUCGCCCCAUUCUCACGCUUUCCAUCACCCCGCCCCAUUCUCCCGCUUUCCAUCACCCCGCCCCAUUCUCCCGCUUUCCAUCACCCGGCCCCAUUCUCCCUCCUUCCAUCACCCAGCCCCAUUCUCCCGCUUUCCAUCACCUGGAUCCAUUCUCCCUCCUUCCAUCACCCCGCGCCAUUCCACUCCUUCCAUCACCCCGCCCCAUUCUCCCGCUUUCGAUCACCCCGCCCCAAUCUCCCGCUUUCCAUCACCCCGCCCCAUUUUCUCUCGAAAACGAGAAACGAUCCGCACAAGGGUAG